UCGUAUGAAACUUACCUCACAGUGUAAUCCACUAUCACGGCCAGUCGCUACCAGAUUCUUAAGAACGGAUGGGUGUAUCGACCACUUCCGCGUCUCUGCAUUUGCUGUCUAUGAGUUGUCGGCUCUUGCUCUCGACAAGGAUGGCCUUUUCUGGACCAAUGACGGCCUUCUUAACCAGCAACAUUAUCAAAAAACUUUCCCCCUGCCACCCGAUUAUCUUGCAGAUUCUUCUACAUGGACUCACGCUUCUAGGGCUUCUGCUAUUGUUAAGAUGGAACACACCCGCCUGGCCACCAUGUUCACCGUUGAUAAGGAUUGGGAAAAGCUAUUCCCAUCCAUAGUGUCAAAAUCCACAGGCCUUCGGUUCUUGUCCCCGGCAUCAUCAUCUCUUGACCCUGAUGGCUCCAUCCAGCUUAUCCAGAUACAAUUGCAGGCGACUACCCCUAUUGUUCCCGAAAGGACCUUUGUUCUCCUCAGAACUUGUAAAAGAAUUGAUGAAUGGACUUGGGUAGUAGCUGAUGUUUCAGUUGAUAGUUGGCUAAACAUUGGUUAUCCUUGUGGCUGUUUGAUACAUGGAAUACCCGGUGGAUUGUCCCAGGUCACAUGGGUGGAGCAUUUGGAAUUUGAAGAAAGUUACCUAGACCCCAAGCUUUACAACGAUCUGUGCUCUAGAGGCUUUGCAUUCGGAGCCGAACGAUGGGUUGCGUGCCUUGAACGAUCUUGUGAAAGAAGAUCUUAUCGUCGGACCAAGUCUGGUUUUGUUUUCGGUUUACCCUUUGUAGGAAAAGAUCUCAUGGAAUAUGAGAAGAAAUGUGUGAUGAGGUUCUCAAAAAGGAUGGUUCGUUACUUCUGUUCGAAUAUUGCCCCUCCGGUUCGCCAAUCUCAGCAGUCCUCGUGUAUUCCUGCACCCUGUCAGUCGAGGGUUUACUUAAAGCUCCAACACUCCCCAUAUCAUGAUGAUCCAUGAGAAAUUGUCUUAUUAGCAACCACCACCUUUAGUCUACCGCAUUCUCCAGAUUUCGUCUUAGAAAUCCUUGGAGAUGAACGUAGACGCACGAGCUGGAUGUGUCUGGGAAGAUUGGUCGACUCACAGAUGUGGGAUGUUACACAACUGGUGGUGACCCCAGGAACAAGAUAGCUGUUCAGGCUAAUGGGUCGUCCGGCAAUGAGCUCUUGCUCCAAGAGACGAGUGUCAGCCUGUCUGGCUCACUAGUGGUAUGGUCGUUGCUUAGAAGUGAGUCGUUUGGUCUUGACAGACUUGGUAAAAAUCCUCAGGGUUUUCCCCUUAUUGGGUUAUCAGGGGUUGCCAUCAGCUCCAAUAGCUACCAGAAGACUAGCAGUAGCAGUAGUAAUACAGGUGGUGGUUCAAUUGUCACACUGGGUCUACAAUGUGAGUCUCGUUGCAUGAAGGGUAAAUGGCCAAAGUUGAAAAAGUCCGUCAGAAAAUGUAUGCAAGACACUGUCCUCAGAAUUGUAGAGGUGUUGAACAACCCGAAAGAAGGAGUUUCACCCAACAAGAGGAAGUGCAAGACGGGUGACUGUCUAAAGAGUAUUUGCUGGCAAGCUAUUUAGAAUAUUCUUGUUAUAGAAAUCCAUGCAUGGCCUUGUGAGAGAUGAUGUCGGUCGGUGGUGACCGCCGAUACAUAUCUAAAAGAUGGAAAAUCUUGAUAGAGAGGUGGUGACUGCUGAUAUAUGAUAUAUAGAAUUUGAAGGUUACCACCUUCACCUUCCUCUCAAAGAUUUGAGAGGCGGAUGGAAAAAAGAGAUGCUUCUGUACAAGCAUGAUAGAUAAGAUAAGAUUUGAGAGGCGAUGAGAAAAAGAAAUAGAGAGAGAGGGGGUUUAUGUUUUAACUCCAAAGUACUUCCUGACACAAAUGGAACCUAUUUUAUACUUAGGAAUUAGGGUUAGGAAGAGUGUAUAUGUUUCAUGGGCUCCGGGCUUUUUUUCAUGGGCUCGUUCGAAAACCCGGUCCACUAUGCUAAUAUUCUUCGAUUAGACGAUUAUACGUUCCUAUCUA